CUCCGGCCGCGGCCCUGGGAACUGUAGGAUCCGCGACUCAGCAGGCAUGCCUGGAGAGGGAAGUCCCAAUGGUGCUAGAAUGGUGCUGCAGUGGCAGAAGAUGGCUCACAAGUGAGGUCUGAAGAACAACGGGGAAGAUAUCCAUCAUUUGCUCCAAAGUGUGCAAGUCAAAUCCUGGGGAGAAUCAUGAUAACCCUGAUCACUGAGCAGCUACAGAAGCAGACUCUGGAUGAGCUGAAAUGUACACGCUUCAGCAUCAGUCUGCCUUUGCCUGAUCAUGCAGACAUCUCCAACUGUGGGAACCCUUUCCAGCUUGUGUCUGAAGGUGCUUCUUGGAGGGGCCUGCCCCAUUGUUCCUGUGCCGAGUUCCAGGACAGCCUCAACCUCAGCUACCACCCCUCAGGCUUAAGCCUGCACCUCAGACCACCCAGCCGGGGGAGCUCCCCACAGGAGCAGCCCCUCUCCCAAGUCCUAAGCCCUGAGUCCCCAGACCCAGAGAAGCUCCCUGUGCCCCCCGCCCCUCCUUCCAAGAGGCACUGUCGCUCACUCUCAGUGCCCGUGGACCUGUCUCGCUGGCAGCCGGUGUGGCGGCCUGCACCCUCCAAGCUGUGGACUCCCAUCAAACACCGGGGUAGUGGUGGAGGGGGUGGGCCGCAGGUGCCUCACCAGAGCCCUCCCAAGCGGGUCUCCAGCCUCAGGUUCCUCCAAGCUCCCAGUGCCUCUUCUCAAUGUGCCCCAGUGCACAGACCAUACAGCCCCCCUUUCUUCAGCCUGGCCCUGGCCCUGGCCCAAGAUUCUUCUCAACCCCGUGCUGCCUCCCCUCAAAGUGGCUCCUGGGAGAGUGAUGCUGAGUCCCUGUCACCUUGCCCACCCCAGCGCCGCUUCUCCCUGUCACCCAGCCUGGGUCCACAGGCAAGCCGCUUCCUGCCCUCUGCCCGGAGCUCCCCCGCAUCCUCCCCGGAGCUGCCCUGGCGACCUCGAGGCCCCCGCGGCCUUCCCCGAAGCCGCUCACAGCCUUGUGAUCUGGAUGCCCGCAAAGCUGGGGUCAAGCGGCGCCAUGAGGAAGACUCCCGGCGGCUACGGCCUUCCUUGGACUUCGACAAGAUGAAUCAGAAACCAUACUCAGGAGGUCUCUGUCUCCAAGAUACAGCCCAAGAAGGCAGCAGCAUCUCUCCACCGUGGUUCAUGGCCUGUAGCCCCCCACCCCUCUCUGCUUCCUGCAGCCCCAUUGGGGGUUCCUCCCAGGUGCUGAGUGAAAGUGAAGAGGAGGAGGAGGGGGCCGUGCGGUGGGGGCGGCAGGCAUUAAGCAAGCGGACACUAUGCCAGCAGGACUUUGGGGACCUGGACUUGAAUCUGAUUGAGGAGAACUAAAACUGAGAGGCUACUUCCUGGAGCCACACAGACUGACUCUCUUAUGGCUACUAACAAGUGUCAAGGCCCAAGGCCAGGGGCCCAGCCUGGGAAUGGGGGUGAAUGGAGGGCUCCGACUCAGGUUAGCCGGAAACCUUCUCGCUCCAGGAAGCUUGACCAUGCUGAGACUGGCCGGGACAAGAUAAACGGAGCUGGUGGCGGGAGGGACAGCCCCAGAGCAGACCCUUCCCGUGGCGGCCCUGAGUGUGAGUAUCCCUGCCACCAAGAGAACAAUGGGCAGGGAAGGAAGGGGUCUGUUGACCCCAGCUCGGGGAAUUUCACUAGCCCCUUUGCUUCAAAGGGCACUUGUGUCUUAGAAUUUGGCCAGGGUGGGGGAUUCAAUCAGCCUCCUUGGAGAAACUGUGUGAGUGUGUGCGUGCAUGGGAGUGUCCUCGAGUAAAGGCAUUUGCGUAGCCUUAGGGAAGUAACGCAAGUUGCUCCUUAAUAACAGAGUAUCAUGAUACCCCAGGUUCCUGAGUUCACAGGACAUUGGGCUUUUUCAAGGAGUCAAGAGGAGGGCACCAAGUUUUCCUUUUUUCUAAAUAGCUCUGGAGCCAGGCUUGUAAUCUGUAAGCACCAUUGGCUCUGCAAAGGAUUCUGUUUUGGGGUACAGCAGGGUCUUUUAAGUGCUGUGACCUCAUCUAAUGUUUUUCUUCAGCACCCCUACCCCCUCCCCACUAGGCAGAUCUAGUACUGGGAGCUGGAAAGGGGGAGAGGUGUCUCUACAUUUUUUCUGAGCUGGCCUGUUUUCUAAUCAGAUUGCCUAGGCUAUAUACAUCCUGCCUCUCGCUCUCUAAGUAGAUGCAAGCACAUGUGGACAACUGAGGCAGGGUUGAAGGGCUCCAUCUCUCUCUCUCCCUAAUGAGGGGACCUUUUUCCCUUGCCCUCUAACCUUGGAGGUCAGAUAAAAGGAAGGCCCUGCAGUGGUUGCCAGCAUUUACUGAAGCAGAUGUGCAGCAGGACUUUGGAAGCAGACUGUAGGGAAGCCUAUUCUUACAUGAUCUAGGCCCAGCCUCUCUUCUGAUCUGCUUGAGAAAGGGGGGAUGGGGGUGUCAGCAUUUACUAGUUUGCUUGUCUUCUACUUCUGCCAGGAAAUGUUUAUUUGCCUCUAAUUGGCCCUGAGAGACCACAGGGAGGUUGGGGCUCACUGAAGGACUGGCUAAGGAUGCAAGGGAGUUGAUUGUUGUUGUUGGAUUGAAUUUCCUUUUUUAAGUUUUUCACCCACAACUCAAGCCAGGGCAGCAGGUUCCAGUAGCUGCAAUGAUGAGUUUAAAGACUGCAGAUACCUUGGUAGGGCUGGCACCAGUUGAAAUGCAUACUGAAGUUGCCACCACAAUAGCUUUUGAGGCUUUGUUCAGCUUUGGAUAGAGUGGCAGAACCAAAUUGGACUGUCCUUAGUGGAAGAAGGGCAUUUUCUCUUUGACUUUCAGGGUGUCUUAGGACCCAAGUUCCUCAUGUUAGGGAGGAAAACCAGGGGCUUUGUGUUUUCUUCCUCGUGGAGUUGAACCUGGCAUUUUCUGGGUCUCCCACAUACCGGACAGGAGAAUUGAUGAAGCUCCUGCUGCCUCACCUCCACAUCACAGGAGGUGGCCAUGUCUUAAGUCUCAGACCCUCAGAGGUUUUACCCUUCUCGGGCUCCUUCCCAUCUCCUGUUAGUAACCACAUAUUAUCCAGUGGGCCACCAGGUCUACGGAGACCUGCGAGAGGCAUUCUGGAGAAUACAGGGAAACUGUGAGCCCAGGAGUUUUCCAUCCUUGGUUUCAUCCCUCCCCUGGUGCUUCUCCCUCUUCAGGCCAUAAUUUCCCUUGUGCCAGCUUGUUUUCCUCCUGUGGCAUCCUCAUUCCUGGGUUCUCUGCUGCAGAUUGUCUGUGCCAGCUUCCAAUAGGCCAUUGGCAAUGCCGAGUGGGGUCUCCAUGGGCUCUAAGCUGAAGAAAUGAGGGCAGUGAUUCUGCCUCCAUCCUGGCUUCCCCAAAGCCCUAGGGCACCAUCAUUAGGGAGAAAGUCUACAGAUAAUACGUUUGAAUUCCAUUACUUUAAGACUGGAAGGUUAAACUCACCAGAAUUAUCAACUUGCUUCCCAGUCUAAGCACCCGUGGCCCUGGGACAAGCCUUUUCAAGAAGUGAUUCAUUUUGCUUUACACAAUAAUCUGUUCCAACAAUUCUAUGUAAACCAAGUGCUAUUUUUCAAUGCAUUUGGACUGCUGACCACUUAAAAGCAGCCUCUGAUUGCUUCUUUUGUAAAGUAAGCAACCUCCUCUACUUUAGCUGUUUUGACUAUUUGGAUUUUCACAUGUUGGGCUUACCCAGAGUGGAGCACACCUCUACAGGGCUUGUGGUUGGUGCUGGGUAGACAUCUGUAUCUGUGCUGUGUGUGUGGUGUGGCUGACCAGUAGGUGAGUAUUCCUGCGUGUGUGAGUGAAGCCACGCCUAGGCUGGUGCUCUCCUCCUGUGCCCCGUGACUGCCCAGUGGCAGCUCCAGCUGCCCUUCACUCCCACCUGCUGCCAAAGUCCCUGUGCUAAUGGGAUUACAAAUACAAAAAUGAAAAGAAAAAAAAUUUCGUAAACUUUGUUUUCUAUUAAAAAAAAAAAAUCCAUAAGUCUGUGUGUGUUAAACCUGAGGUCCUGCCUCUGUGGCUGUGUUUGAAAAAAUAAAGUUUUAUUAGAAUAAUCCAUUUUCCCAA